AUGAUGGGGAAAAACAAACACAGCUUCUGCAAGAAAAAAGUAUCCAAGGGGAGGUUUGGAGAAACGAAACAUCUCACUCAAGUAGACAGGAUAAAUCGUGGAACCAUCGGCUCGGUGUUUUUGGAAACAGAAGAAGAAGCGGAUAAAGAAGAAAAAGCCCUUAAUGGUGAAAAGAAAGGGACGGAGAACGUUGAGGACUCCACUGUUGUCAUCAUCGUGGUGGAGGUGAACAAUAACUGGUUUGAGUCUUGGCUGGGCCUCUACAAAAUCAAGCCUUUGGUGCAGAGUACUGAUUACACAGUGAUCUCAAGAACAAAACUUUUGCUGUCUUCAAGGGAAAUAUCCAUAUCUACACAUGAGGAAAAUGUGGAUUACAUGACUCUCGCUCGUUUUGCCAAAGUCAACCAAGCAAGUCAACCCUUAAUGAGCAUUCCGUUUCGACCUCCUCCGCCUUCCAAGAAGUUUGAGCAUGUUGUCCGUGACAUCUGGCGUUGUAUUGUCAUCUUCAUGCUGAGUAUUCUCAGAAGUAUGAGUCAACCAGGCCAGAGCCUCUAUAGCCGCAUCUUUCUCAGCCAGGGCCUUAUUUUUCUUCGGCUUCCCCACAAACUGCAUGCCCUUAAACUCCACCAAAGCCCUAAACUCGUUUGUCUUGAGGUGCUUUGUUUUGUACUUAGGUGGGGAAUGGCCGGCUCUCAUCAACAGGGUCUGGAGCAAGCUCUUCGGGUUUGUACCGUCUUUCGUGAAUCGGUCCUUUUUGUCCCCGGGCUCCCUCUGUUUCUUGCUUUCGCGGCCGAAAACAAAUCUGCCUUCACAUUGGUCCCCCGAGACAAGUUCUUGAACGGCAAGCAUGAUACACAGGAAUUUGGAUAUUGUCUUGGUAAAGGAAUUACCAUGGUAUUGUCUUCGAGUUUACCACCAAAGAGGAUCAAAAUAGAAUCAGAUACUCCUGUUGAAUCGCGUAUGAACACGGUAUUUACUUUCACCUUCUCACCGAAAACCAACCACGGGUAA